AGGCUGCCAAUGGCCAUCCAAAGACAAUGAGUAGACAAUUUCAAAAAUAAAAAAGGCGUCCAUUCACAACUAACCCGCGCCCUUGUUCUAAUUCUAGGCGGCAAAAUUUCAAUUGAUUAGAGGGAAACCAAACCCUAGUUUCCGCACCAUUAAAUUAUUCAAAACUUUCUCUGCACACUUCUCUCUCAACCUCUAUUUUAUUCCUCUCAGCCCUCUUUCAUCCGUAGCUCACCUGUUUGCUAUAAUUCCUCACUGAAUUCAAUUUCUCUAGUAAGAUAAGAUGUAUGUGGUGAAGAGAGAUGGGCGACAAGAGCCAGUUCACUUUGAUAAGAUCACGGCUCGGUUGAAGAAACUGAGUUAUGGUCUUAGUUUCGAUCAUUGUGAUCCGGUGCUUGUUUCUCAGAAGGUUUGUGCUGGUGUUUAUAAAGGCGUUACUACUAGUCAACUUGAUGAAUUGGCUGCUGAAACCGCCGCUGCUAUGACUGCCAAUCAUCCUGAUUACGCCUCUUUGGCUGCCAGAAUUGUUGUUUCGAAUCUGCAUAAGAACACGAAGAAAUCAUUUUCAGAGACGAUUAAAGACAUGUACAGCCAUGUGAGCCAGAGAUCGGGGCAGCCGGCACCUCUUGUAGCUGAUGAUGUAUAUGAGAUAAUUAUCAAGAAUGCUGCUCGAUUGGACAGUGAGAUAAUAUAUGAUCGAGACUUUGACUAUGAUUACUUUGGCUUUAAAACCCUUGAGAGGUCCUACCUUUUAAAGGUGCAAGGGAAGGUUGUUGAGAGGCCACAACAUAUGCUGAUGAGAGUUGCUGUUGGGAUUCACAAGGAUGAUAUUGAUUCUGCUAUUAAGACAUAUCAUCUAAUGUCCCAACGAUGGUUCACUCAUGCGUCACCAACCCUUUUCAAUGCGGGAACCCCGAGGCCUCAAUUAAGUAGCUGCUUCCUGGUUUGUAUGAAGGAUGACAGUAUUGAAGGCAUAUAUGACACUUUGAAGGAGUGUGCUGUGAUCAGCAAAUCAGCUGGAGGAAUCGGUGUGUCUCUUCAUAAUAUCCGUGCCACUGGUAGUUAUAUUCGUGGAACAAAUGGUACAUCCAAUGGCAUUGUUCCAAUGCUUCGUGUUUUCAAUGACACUGCUCGCUAUGUUGAUCAAGGGGGUGGCAAGAGGAAAGGUGCUUUUGCCGCAUAUUUGGAGCCGUGGCAUGCUGACAUAUAUGAAUUUCUGGAUUUAAGGAAAAAUCAUGGAAAGGAAGAGCAUCGAGCCCGAGAUCUGUUUUAUGCUCUUUGGAUCCCUGAUCUCUUUAUGGAAAGAGUGCAAAGCAAUGGUGAAUGGUCCUUGUUCUGUCCAAAUGAAGCUCCAGGUUUGGCUGAUUGUUGGGGUGAAGAGUUUGAGAACCUGUAUACCAAAUAUGAAAGAGAGGGCAAAGCUAAGAAGGUUGUCCAGGCACAGACUUUAUGGUUUGAAGUGCUGAAAUCCCAGAUAGAAACUGGGACACCAUAUAUGCUGUUUAAGGAUACCUGCAACAGAAAGAGCAACCAGCAGAACCUGGGAACAAUCAAAUGUUCCAACCUGUGUACUGAGAUUAUUGAGUACACGAGUCCAUCUGAAACUGCUGUUUGCAAUUUGGCAUCAAUUGCACUCCCUCGAUAUGUUAGAGAAAAGGGUGUCCCAGAUGAAUCACAACCAUCAAAGCUUGUAGGCAGUCUAGAUUUUAAAAAUCGAUACUUUGAUUUUGACAAGCUAGCAGAGGUUACUACCAUAGUUACCGCCAACCUUAACAAGAUUAUUGAUGUUAAUUAUUACCCAGUUGAAACUGCAAGAAGGUCGAAUUUACGACACAGGCCCAUUGGUAUUGGAGUCCAAGGUCUUGCUGAUGCAUUUAUAUUGCUUGGCAUGUCAUUUGAUUCACCAGAGGCUCAGCAGCUGAAUAAAGAUAUUUUUGAAACAAUAUACUACCAUGCUUUACAAGCUUCUUCUGAAUUGGCCAAAAAGGAGGGCCCUUAUGAGACAUAUGUUGGAAGUCCAGCUAGUAAGGGAAUUGUUCAACCAGACAUGUGGGGAGUAACACCUUCAAACCGGUGGGACUGGGAUGCUCUUCGGCAGAUGAUUGCAGAUAAUGGCAUUAGGAAUUCACUUCUUGUUGCACCUAUGCCAACUGCAUCAACCAGUCAGAUUCUUGGAAAUAAUGAGUGCUUUGAGCCUUAUACUUCCAAUAUCUAUAGCCGCAGAGUUUUAAGUGGAGAAUUUGUAGUGGUGAACAAGCAUCUUCUUAGUGAUUUGACUGAAAUGGGUCUCUGGUCACCCAAUCUUAAGAACAGGAUCAUAUAUGAAAGUGGUUCUGUACAGAAAAUGUCUGAAAUUCCCAACGGGCUUAAAGAUCUAUACAAGACUGUUUGGGAGAUUAAGCAAAGAACUUUGGUUGAUAUGGCUGUGGAUCGUGGAUGCUACAUUGACCAGAGUCAAAGCCUUAAUAUCCACAUGGACCAACCAAACUUUGGAAAGCUUACUUCUUUACACUUCCAUGCAUGGUCCAGGGGUUUGAAGACAGGGAUGUACUAUCUGCGAUCUCGUGCAGCAGCAGAUGCCAUCAAGUUCACAGUGGAUACUUCCAUGUUAAAGGAAAAGGUCAAGCAGCAAGACGAUGAUGAUACCACCAAACUAGCACAGAUGGUAUGCUCCCUGAGCAAUCGUGAUGAGUGCAUUGCUUGCGGAAGUUAGAGUUCCUGAAAACAUCUGAAACAAGUGAGUCUGCUUUUGGAGCUCCCCCACAUACUUCAGAGAGGAAACACUCUGCUUUCAACAUAUUCCGUUGAUGCGGUGCAGUUUGAAUAUGGUUAAAUCUUUGUGAUAAGAUUUUAAUUAUGGAAAGGCGACGUGUUUGUAGAUGUGUAAUAGUUGCCAGAUAUUGUUUGUAUUAAUGUGCACUAAAAUCUGCUGUGACAAAACUUCCAAGUCCCAAUGGAAGUGGGUGCCCAUGUGUUUGUCCAGUGUGUGGGCACAUGCUAGGCGCGAAAUUUGAUAUGUUUGGGAGGUUUCGAUUGGUUGUUGAUUUGCAGGGGGGUUUAUCAUUAUUAA